CCGAGCGCUCCCUCCGCCCGUCGGCCGGAUCCCGCCGCCGCCCGAUCCGCAGCAUUUCCAGUCGCAUCACCGAGCCACCCUCCCUGCCUCCCUUCUUCCUUCCCCCUUCCCAUCCCCCUUUCUCUUCAAGCAAGAGACUCGUGAUCCCUCCGCCGCUUCCCUUCUUCAUUGACUCAAAAAAAAAAAUCCCCGAGGAGGAAAAAAAUAAUAUUCAAAGUACUGAAAUUCCAAUCAAGUAAAUUUCCCCCUCUUUUCCCUCCCCCUCCGUUUUACCUGAUAUUUUUCAGGUUUUUCUCCCUUCCCCUUCCGAAGGUGAGGGGGGAGAAGAAUUGUAUUUUUUCCCAGCCCCAAAUCAUCUAUAUAUAAAAAAUCCAUAUUUCAUCCGUCUCGAAGGAUAAUCUAAAUCGAUCGUUUGGUUUUAUAUAGCUACAUAAAAGAAGUGAAAAGCCAAGAAGGAAAAAAAAUUUUUUUUUGUGUGUGUGUGUGUGAGCUUAAUGCUGCAUUUGUCAUUAACUUACACCCCAAAAUAAAACAAAAGGAAGAAAAGGAGGAAGAAGGUGAUCGGGAAAGAGAGAUCAUGUCAGGGCGGCCCAGAACCACCUCCUUUGCAGAGAGCUGCAAACCAGUGCAGCAGCCUUCAGCUUUUGGCAGCAUGAAAGUUAGCAGAGAUAAGGAUGGCAGCAAGGUGACAACAGUGGUGGCAACUCCUGGACAAGGUCCAGACAGGCCACAGGAAGUCAGUUACACAGACACUAAGGUGAUUGGGAAUGGGUCGUUUGGUGUUGUCUAUCAAGCCAAACUUUGUGAUUCAGGAGAACUAGUUGCCAUCAAAAAAGUACUACAAGACAAGAGAUUUAAGAACAGAGAGCUCCAGAUCAUGAGAAAGCUAGAUCACUGUAACAUAGUCCGAUUGCGUUAUUUCUUCUACUCCAGUGGAGAGAAGAAAGAUGAAGUAUAUCUUAAUCUGGUGCUGGACUACGUUCCUGAAACAGUAUACAGAGUUGCCAGACACUAUAGUCGGGCCAAACAGACGCUCCCUUUGAUCUAUGUUAAGUUGUACAUGUAUCAACUGUUUCGAAGUUUAGCCUAUAUCCAUUCCUUUGGAAUCUGUCAUCGGGAUAUUAAACCACAGAACCUCUUGCUUGAUCCUGAUACGGCUGUCCUAAAACUUUGUGACUUUGGAAGUGCAAAGCAACUGGUUCGAGGAGAGCCCAAUGUUUCCUAUAUCUGCUCUCGCUACUAUAGAGCACCAGAGUUGAUCUUUGGAGCAACUGAUUACACCUCUAGCAUAGAUGUAUGGUCUGCAGGAUGUGUAUUGGCUGAGCUGUUGCUAGGACAACCAAUCUUUCCAGGAGACAGUGGUGUGGAUCAGUUGGUGGAAAUAAUCAAGGUCCUGGGAACGCCAACGCGAGAGCAAAUUCGAGAAAUGAAUCCAAACUACACUGAAUUCAAAUUUCCUCAGAUUAAGGCACAUCCUUGGACUAAGGACUCGUCAGGAACAGGACAUUUCACCUCAGGAGUUCGGGUCUUCCGACCCCGAACUCCACCUGAGGCAAUUGCAUUAUGUAGCCGUCUGCUGGAAUAUACCCCGACUGCCCGAUUGACACCCCUGGAAGCUUGUGCACAUUCUUUUUUUGAUGAAUUACGGGACCCAAAUGUCAAAUUACCAAAUGGGCGAGAUACACCUGCACUCUUCAAUUUCACCACUCAAGAACUAUCAAGUAAUCCACCUCUGGCUACAAUCCUUAUCCCUCCCCAUGCUCGGAUUCAAGCAGCUGCUUCAACCCCUACAAAUGCUACAGCAGCUUCAGAUGCUAAUGCAGGAGACCGAGGACAGACCAAUAAUGCAGCGUCAGCUUCAGCCUCCAACUCCACUUGAACCAGCACCAGGCAGCCAGCUGUGCAGGAAAACUCGCCGGCCACUUGGGUUUCACUCAGCAACACUGGUCACGUUGGGAAAGAAAAUUAAAGAGAAAAAAAAAAACCUUGUUCAUUUUAGUGUUCAAUUUUUUUAUUAUUGUUGUUCUUAUUUAACCUUGUAAAAUAUCUAUAAAUACAAACCAGUUUCAUUGUAUUCUCACUUUGAGGGAUUUCCAGGGGAUUGGGAGGGGUUGUGGGGAGGGGACAAGCGGAGCAAUAGAACACGAAAUGACUCCCGCGACAAUCUUUUUUAUGGAAGUCUGCUGUUAUGUAUUCUAAAAGCAGGACUCUUGCCUCGUGCCCCCUUCCACAAAAGAAGAAAAUUGUUCUGUGCUGAAGUUUUGGGGAACUUUCUUUUCUUUUUUCAGUCAGUGUCAGACAUUGGUAUAGUGCACAGCUUGAAUUUGGUUGGGAGCUUAGCAGGUGUAAUUCAUUGGGGGCUUCAGUGUUGCUUGUAAAAUUAAUCCAUAUCCUAGGGUAUUUGAAGAAUUGCCUUUGGCAUGUUGGGGUGGGUGUGACAGACAUAAUAUGAAAUGUGUCACAUCCAUCGCCAGGGGAGGCAAUCAAGUUUCCAGUUUGGAGCUACACAUGGAAAUGUUUUCAGGGGGGUUGCUUAUUUUUUUAUUUUGCUCUUACAUCAGGGUGAGAGAAACCUACAGUGUCACACAUGAUAGAAAGCUGUCAGAUGAGAAGCAAGCCAGAGCUUAACUCGAUUAGCCCUGCAAGAGGAUGCUUGUUUGGCUGACCGAAGGCUCUCUGCCAAAUCUCAGCCUCCCUUUCAAGUAGCGAUCUGGAAAGCAAAGAGAAAAAAAAAAGUUAGGCGAGCAGCUCUGGUCUGCAGAAGAGAGAAGCAGAUGAUGAACUGUGUCCUAGGGAAGGGGACAACUAAGGGGCUCUUUGGCAAAUGGCCACUGUGAAUAUAUUUUUCCAGGUUUUGCUCUGAAAUUGCUUCCCUUGAAAAGAUACAUCUUGAGAGGACACUAUAGUUUAUAAUGUGAACUGUAACAGUCUACUGGUUUAUUUUUCAUAAUUUUUUAUUGAAAGUUGAGCUUGCAAAUUGCCACAUUCUAUACAUAGUUCUAAUUUUAAAUCCAAAUCUAGAAUCUAUA